GUUAUUUGGCCAAGGCCAAAGAGAAGGGCAAGGUCUUGCACCAACGACGGAGCUUCAUCCCCACGGCUGUGGAGGAUAGCCUCCUGCGGCAAGGAGCCCGCUAUAUCGCAAGAUGUGUUGUUGGGUGGCUCUGUGAAGAGAUGAUUAGCAUUGCGAAAAGCGACCAGUAUCGGGAGGAUCACUGGGUUGGGCUUGCUUCUUGCUGUGUGUGGCACUUGGCGGAGUGGCAUCGAAAGUCUGAACUCAUGCCCCGUUAUUUGACACCAGACCAGAGCAUGGAGCUGCAACGGCACUGUGAUGGCUGCCUAUACUACUAUGUUGUUCUUGCAAACCGUGCACUGGAAGCUGACGAGCUUCUUUUCCCUAUACGUCCAAAGCUUCAUGUGCCUUUGAUUAACUAGAUCUUACAAACUAGUGCAUGUGGUUUACCAAUCUGUAGUGCUGCAGUAUUGAGGCCUGGCAAGAGAUUGCCCUGGUCCAAAGAAUGGAAGGUU